AGAAGACGCGUCUUUAGGUUCUGCUUCCGUUUUUCAGCAGAUUGAAGUUUCUGCAGCGUGUGCAGGGGAAAAGAAAGCCAGCAAUCAUGCCUAUGUUUGUGGUGAACACCAACGUGGCUAAAAGCGACGUACCGGCGGCUCUGCUGUCCGAGGCCACGGAGGAGCUGGCCAAGGCGAUGGGCAAACCCGCACAGUACAUCGCUGUGCAUAUCAACCCCGACCAAAUGAUGAUGUUUGGAGGAAAGGGAGACCCCUGUGCACUCUGCUCCCUCCACAGCAUCGGCAAGAUUAGCGGCGCUCACAACAAGCAAUACUCUAAACUCCUGUGUGGACUGCUCAACAAACACCUGGGCAUCUCUCCUGACAGGAUGUAUGUUAACUUUGUAGACAUGGACGCAGCCAAUGUGGCCUGGAACAACACUACGUUUGGCUAAGAUGGAGGUCAAUGCUCUACAAAUGAAGAUCAUUCCAGUAUUUUCCUUCAAGUACAAGCUUAAUCGAAACUGAUGAAACAAAAAGCAAAGACACUUCAAAAUUUGGGAUAAAUGCUGUAUGGCUGUCUUAAAAGCACUUGGACCCUUUAGCUUUGCACUGAUCCUUUCCCAUUUAAAUGCAAUAAAGAAACCCUGUAGAUCAUAAA